AUGUCCCGUAACGUGGAGAAUGUUUUCCUCCAAGUUCCUGUUCUUGGUUUUGAAAUUCUUGAUUGCUUCUUCAGCAAGAUUGAGUUAGCCUCUUCUAAUAAGAUUCGUCGAAACGUUGUAUCUUGGACAUCAUUGAAGAAGUUUUCCUUGCGUAAGUGCACUAUCCCUGAUGCAUCCAUUGCUAAGAUUUUAUCUGGUUGCCGGAAUCUUGAAUGUUUAACAUUGCACAAGUGCCAGCAACUAAGGUUUCUUGAUCUCCGCAAAAUGUUGCACUUGAGAACUUUAGAAAUAUACAGCCACUAUAAAGUCAAAAUGCGGAUUGUGGCACCACAUAUCCAUAGUCUCAGAUUCGUAACCUCUCAGUUACCAUGUACUUUAGUUAAGAUCUCGUCUUUAACCGAAGCGAGGCUGGACAUUUGCAUUAACUCAACAUGUCGGAUCUGCAAGGCUGAUUUUCUCCAAGACAUGAUGCUAGAGUUGCUAGAAAAGUUAAAACAUGUUGAGAAGCUAACUUUUGGUGGAAACUUUCUUCAGAUUUUAUCUCUUGCUGAGGUUCGCGAGGUUCCUUUUCCGAUGUUAAAGGUCAAAACUUUGAUUCUUGAGACAGUAAUCUUUCAGUAUGUUGUUCCUGCUUUAUCUCUUGCUAAGGUUCGUGGUAACUCCUUUUCCGAGGUUAGAGGUCAGAACUUUGAAUCUUGA